AUACAUAUUAAUUUCUAUUAAAGGUUAAACCAGAAAAUAUCUUAAUUACAAGUGAUGGUAGUCUUAAACUUUGUGAUUUUGGUAUUGUACAUGAUUUACGAAGUGCAUCAACUUUAGCUCAAGAUGGUGAUGCACGUUAUCUUGCAUUCGAAGUACUUUCAGGUACGAUAUCAACAGCAGCUGAUGUAUUUAGUUUGGGCAUGGCAGCACUUGAAUUAGUCAGUGAUUAUGAUAUGCCUGUAACGGGUGAUCUUUGGACUGAUAUAAGAGCUUUAAAUUUACCAAUAGAAAUUGUUUCAGUUUUAACUGAUAUUCAUUUAAAACAACUUUUAUAUCGAAUGAUACAUGCUGAUUAUAAAAUACGACCAUCUGCAAAAGAAGUUCUUGAUAGUCCAACUAUCCGUAAUCAGAUUUGUUAUAUGCCAUCACCAUUUGCAUUUAAUCAACAUCGACAUGAACAUAUUGUUUCAUCAAUCGGUGGAAAUGAUUCACCUGCUAGUCAUGGUUGUCGAACACCAAUCAAGAAACCAAAACGACCACCAAAUUAUGGUGGUUAUCAUGAUGAACAUUCAGAUGAUGAAUUUCGACUUCAUUCUAUUCAUGAUAAAUCUCAAUUAACUCCACCACCAGCAGUUGUUGGUGAUCCACUUCGAGUUCGUCUUUUUCCUGGUGAAUCAGACGAAGAAAUCAAUGAUGAUCAUAUUUAUUUUCGAAAAUCUCCAGUUCAAUUUAAAUUUGACAGUAGUGGAACUGAAGAUUAA